AUGUUGUGGCUGUCCCCAGCCAUCGCCGCCGCCUCGCCGCCUGCCACUUCCGACUGUGUGGGCUUGGUGUGCGUCCUCAAGGCCACCAACUCGACCUGGGCCGGCGGCGGCCUCUCGGCGUCUCUCGCGCUCUUCGACACUGCCCGCCGCUCCGGCUUGGGUUGGGGUUCGAGGGCGUCUCUCCACCUGACGGCCGCGGCGGAGCUCCCGCACGUGGCGGCAGGCGCCCACGCCUUCGAAGGCGACGCCACGUGGGACGAGUACGGGCAAGAAUUGUCUAUCGACGGCGGCACCUGGCACGCAUACGCCUCGGCGUUGUCACCGGCGACGCUCCUGCUGCACCUGCGGCUUCCGCCGGCCGCGUCGGCCGGCUUCCACGCCCUCUCGUGGCAGCGUCCGCUCCCGCGCGGCGAGCUAGCGCGCUUCGCCGAGGCGGCGGCCAUGCUGGCGGCGGGAGAGGCGGCGGCGGCUGGUUCGCUCGGCCCUCCCGGUCGCACCGUGCUGCUGCAAGACCUGAGCGGAGGGCUGUGCCUGCUCUCUUCCCCGUCCUCCGCCGACGACGAAGGCGGCGACACCGCCGCCGGACGCGCCUCGGCGCCGACUCUUGGCGAUUGCGCUUCGCCUGAGGCGGUGUGGCAGGUCGGCGCCGGCGCUGCAGAGGCGACGCGCGAGCUGCGCGCCAAGCCGCUUGCGCUCGGCAAGUGCGGCUCGCUGGGCACGCGCCGCUGGGAGCUGUCGGAAGGGGGGCGGCUCUCGGCGCGUGCGGUCUCGUCCUCGCGGCUGCGCUUCUGCGUGCGCGUCGCUCGGCCGAGCGAUGAGGAGGGGGCGAGGGCGUGGGCUGCGUGCGUGGCGCGCCCUGCGUGCGCCGACGCCGGGGAGGUCGGCCUCUGCUGCCCGGACCAGGAGGGGGUGCGGCGGGAGUGCUGCGACGACGCUGCGGCGCCGCCGCUGCCCGCCGCGCUCGAGACGGCUUCGUGUGACGACGAGGCGGCGGCGGCGCUCGAGGCGUUGCACGCCGCCGCCGCCGCGGUGCAGAGCGGCUCGCGCACGGUCGGGUCGCUGACGGAGCAGCUCGACGCGCUGACUGAGGAGAGCGCCGGCGCGAGGGCGGUAACGGAGCGGCUGUCUGCGGAGGCGGCCGCCCUCGAGGCUCGCGUGGGGGAGGCGGAGGCGGCGGAGGCGCGAGCGCGCUCAAGGCUCGCUGACGAGCAGGCAGAGCUCGGCCGCCGCGAGGUCCUCCGCCGGCUUGGCUGA